CAUUGGCUACAUGACAUUAUUUUGUGCAUUUUUUUUCGAAUUUAGAUUAUGCAAGCGCCUGUGCAUUGCGUAUUCGCCGCGCGUGUAAUGUGUAUACUCUAUAAACUUGCUCGCGCUUGCGCGCGAAAGGAUGCGGAUCCGCGACGCGCGUUUUCGAAUACAAAACAUAAAGCGUUACCGCAUAGGGUCAAAGUGACCUUUGUUUAUAUACUUAUGGAAUUCGAGAAAUGUACAAUACGUGAAAUACAUCAGAACACUUCUGAUAGACGCACUUACGGUGAUCAGUUCUCUGGGGGUUGACGCGUGCUGGAACGCGUGACAUUUUGGAAAGAUUUUGAAUUAGGUACAGUUUUUAAUUAAACUUGUUUUACUAUUAAUUCUAAUAGUAUAGUAUGAUAGAAUAAUAUACUUGAUAUAAGAAAAGACAAGCAAAUCACUAAGAUGAAUUCGUCCGAUAAGAAUGAACUGUACAGCAAUGCAUACAAGUCAUCGGAAAUUGUAGAUCUGCAAGUUUACUUUGAUGCCUACAGAGAAGUGAUUCGAACAUCCAAUUUUUAUGAACACUUUGAAAUGAAUGAGGAUCAUUUAAUGGAUAUAGUUUCCAGUAAAGGCAACAUGGAAAAAGAUGCAUGGAAGAAUCUUUCUAAGCAUUGCAGCGUUGAUAAUUUAACGGUUGAGGGUGAGUUGGAAAAAAUGACGAAAAGCUCAUAUGAGUUCUGCAAAGAUCCAGAUGAUCCAUCUGUCAUUGAAAAUGUGGAACUACAGACUGUAAAAUAUACAAAAAUGAGGAAUAAAGUUUCUAGAGGAAUUAUAAUUCCUAUGUUGAAAUAUAUAAGUGAAAAAAAUAUUGUGUAUGAGCCAUCUACUUUAAAUUCACAAAGAUGUUUGAAACCAGAAAAGGACAUUCUUGUAUAUGUCAAAGUUUACAAGCCCUUCAGCUCCAGAACGUAUUCCAAAAAGAAUAGUAUACACAAAGUAUCUAAUUGUAAAAUCUCAGUUCAUGCUGUCAUAGCUAUGCACGGCUCUCAGACAUUAGACAAGCUGAAGGAUAAAAUAUUUUGCUAUGCAGAUAAUAGUGUUUCACGAGAGAUCAGUGAGAGGCCUGUGAGAUUAAAAGUUCAAAAUGCUAAGGAUGUUUACAAAUCAGGAUUUUUUUACAUUGAAGGCACGUUUUAUAAUGAUUUACGUGAUCCUACAAAUAAAGAUAAUAGUAAAGUAAUUAGGGAUUGGGCAGAAAAGCAUAGAUAUGGUACUUACCAUACUGCAAAAAUGGAAGAAACAAAAAUAUGUAGCCUCAUUAUAAAAUUUGGUUUUCCUUAUGUAUAUCAACAUCAAGGAGACUGUGAGCACUUAAUUACUUUUAGCACUGCAAAGCUAGUAAAUCCAACUGAUGAAUUGGAUCCAGGUUGUUAUCCAAGAAUUAUCAGGUUAAAGCCAUAUAGAAGUCGGUUAUGCAUGACCUGUGGAGUAUACAAUGCCAUAUGGUUAGUGAGCAAAAGUAAGAGACUUCCACACAACCCCUGCUUAUUUUGUGAUUUUUGCUUCAAAUCGUAUAACUAUGUUAAGGGUAAGAAAGUUGGACAGUUUGAAGCACAUGCAUUUCCAUAUGACAGUGAACUAGAUUCUCGACUAAGUACUUAGAAGAAAUCUCAACUAAAAUUAUACACAAGAAAACUUUAUUUUUGCUAUACUUUUUAUUAUUGAUACAAUAAGUUGAUCAUAUAGAUAUCAUUAUUUAGAUUUGAACAAGUAAUUUUUUUUUCGGCAUAAUUAUAUUAAAAAUAUAUCUAAUCAUUGUAUACAGUACUCAUAAUAAAAAUUUUUUUAUUAUUAUUGAA